AUGUGGACAGAUCCUGAGUUGGGAUGGAACACGUCACUUUACCAAUAUGAGCAAGUGAUCCUGCCAGUGAAUAAAAUCUGGACCCCAGAGCUCCACGUCACAAAUGGGAUCAAAACAAUGAUGAUUCACAGCUCCCCUGAUCUGCUGGUAGACAAUAAUGGCACAGUGAAGCACACGGUGAUCAUAAAUGCAGAGGUGGACUGUGAAGUCAACCUGUUUAACUACCCCUUCGCUAGUGAUGAAUGUCCAGUUGCGAUCCAAACCUGGUCCCUACAAGAAUGUGGUACAAAACUGGUAUUUGGUAUAUUAAAGAUGGUUGAUGGGUCCCAUGGAGAUUGGAGAACUGACAAUGUGGAACUCCAGAAAGUAAGAGAAGACCGGAAUUACAUCAUGGUGGCAUUGAGCAUCAAAUACACCAACCCCUUCAUAACAUUGCUGCUGCCCAGUAUUCUGAUCGUCUUGGCUGAUGUGGUCAGCUUCGCUCUGCCAUUGCGCGGCGGCGAACGCAACUCUUUCAAGGUCACUCUGGUGCUCAGCUUCACCAUGUUCCUCAUCAUCCUCAACGAUCAGCUCCCCGGAGACGGCAAAUGCAGCCCCAUCAUCCGAACCCACUUCUGUGUUUGUCUGGUCUUCUUGGUGUUGAGCAUGCUGGUGUCCAUGGUGCUGACCCGGUUGUCCACAGAUGGCAGCCUCCUUUUCUGGUGCUGCUCCAAAGGGUCGGUCUCUGAAAACAUGAGAAAAAAGGACGUGGAGGAGGAUGAGGAAGUCAAAGCUGACAUUAGUGUCACUCAGCUGAGUGGCUCAGAAGAGGACAGUCAAAUGCUCAGGAAGGUGGUCAACUUCCUGGAAGGUCUUGAUGCCCAGAGCCUGGAAAAAAAGACCAACAGGUAG